AUGAAGCAAAUCAAAGGAACUUGUGAUCACCGAUUUGAGGGACUUCGCACUCAAAUGCAACAGUUUAUCGACUCGGGAGAGGAAGUCGGGGCUGCCAUCGCCGUCAAUCUCAACGGCGACAACGUCGUCGAUAUCUGGGGCGGAUACGCCAACAAAGAAAACAACCAGCCAUGGGAUAAAGAUACCAUUGUCAACAUAUUCUCAACGACAAAGAAUGUCCUCAGUCUUGCCAUUCUCAUUCUUAUCGAUCGACAAGUCCUCUCCACCACCGACAAAGUCUCCAAAUUUUGGCCCGAAUUUGCUGCCAAUGGGAAAGAGAAUAUCGAGAUCCGGCACAUCAUGUCGCAUACAUCAGGCGUCUCGGGCUGGGAUGCUGAUGGACCACUCUCAUUCGACGAGAUCUCCGAUCUCGAUGAGGCCACCGCGAAGCUGGCGGCUCAAGCACCGUGGUGGACUCCUGGCUCGGCUUCGGGGUACCACGCUUGGACUUUCGGGCAUCUUCUGAACGAAAUAGUCCGUCGCGCGACAGGGAUGUCGCUCAGGGAUUUUGUCAUUGAGGAGAUUGUCAAACCUUUUGGGGUUGACUUCCAGUUUGGUGUUCAGGAUAAUGACUUGGACCGGACGACGGAUGUUAUCCCGGCCCCUCUUCCCAAACUCCCGCCGGGUGUUGGACCACAACCUGGAUCUAUCACCUUCAGAACAAUGAACCCCAUGCCGUUCCCCUCAAAUUUUGCGAACACGGCAUCUUGGCGAAAAGGCAAUGUUCUCGCAGCAAGCGGCCAUACCAACGCCCGAGCUCUCACUCGUAUGCUCUCUAUAAUCAGUCUCGGUGGCAGUUUCGAUGGCAAGACUCUGCUGUCAUCGAAGACCAUCGAUCAAAUCUUCGAAGAGCAGUCCGACGGAGUUGAUCUUGUCAUUGGAGCGCCUCUUCGGUUCGGCAUUGGAUACGGUAUCGCUGGGGAAGGGAACACAGCCGUUGCGGAUUGGCUGCCCAACGGACGUGUCUGUUUCUGGGGAGGCAUGGGUGGCUCGUUCGCUAUCAUGGACUUGGACAGGAAGCUCACCAUCACGUACGUCAUGAAUAAGAUGUCGAACACUGGGUUGGGGAAUGCAGCGGUGAAGGCGUACGUGAGAACUAUCUACGAUGCGCUAGGUUUGGCGCAGCGAUGA